AUGAACAACCGCAUUGUCUAUGACAACCCGCUGAACUUUGGCCAGAUGCACAUCGACUUCGUCGUGUGCUGGAUGACAGGCGGCGCUGAUAGCGAGACUACAAGAGGCCACGAGAGGAGCCUUUAUUGGGAGCAUUCUAUGCCCAACGGCACAUAUCGUAAACAACAGACCUCAGAGGACAACGAUCAAGACCAACAAGCUAAGGAGAGAGACUCCGCACGUCGAAGUAGAGUCUCCUCCGUCCACGUUGUCCACCCGAACAAGGAAGAACGCUUGGGAAACGAGCCAGUGAAGCGCUCCGCCGAUCCCGGUGAGUGGAAGACUCCACCUGUACGGGAGUUGUAG